UGGUUUACAGCUUUUUGUCACUUUAAAAAAAAAAAAUAAGUCAUUAAUUAUCUGUCUUUUGCUGGAAAGAGAGAGGUUUAUUUUGGGUGAUCGCUAUUAUUUUUUGCAGUGCUUAUUAUUUUGGGAUUACAUACUUCAUCUGCUUCCCAUUGAAGUGCAUACUGUCAGAGAGUGGAGAUGGCACGGCCAACAAGCCAGCUGGCUGGCAGUGAAAAGCUACAGGGCCAACAGCUGCAUCCUACGCCUCCACUUGGGAUGCCAGGGGCAGGGAUGGUGAGCCUGAAAAGCUUGCUGCAAGGCCCUAUAAAGGGGCAGGAACGAAGGGCAAAGGACCUCUCCAAUUGCAUCAUAAAGGACAAAGAAAGAAAACUGGAAGAUGAAAUGGCUGGCCCACGUUCCUCUCAAUGUGCAUUCAUUGGAUCCCUUCUGUGGGAACGCACUUUGCCAUAUAAUGAGAUCGAGUAUGUUGAUCUGGAUGAGUUUCUGCUGGAAAAUGGUCUUCCACCUAGUCCACCUCACCAGUCUUUUUCACCAGCUAAUCUGACACCACCUCCAUCCAACCAGUCAGUGGUUGAUCUUAGCAGACCAGCAUCCUGCGCAUCUUCUACCUCUGCUUGUUCCUCCCCAGUGCAAAGCAUGAUUGGUAGUGAAUUUGAGCACUCAAGUGCCAAAACAGGUCAAAUGACUCCUGUUUCCAGAGACAGUCCAAGCCCAGUGGACCCAGAGACAGUAGAGGUGAUGAUGAACUUUGACCCGGAUCCUGCUGACCUUGCCUUGUCUAGUGUGCCAGGACAUGAGACAUUUGACCCUAGAAAACAUCGAUUUUCAGAAGAGGAAUUGAAACCACAGCCUAUUAUGAAAAAAGCAAGGAAAAUCCAGGUGCCGGAUGAACAGAAGGACGAGAAAUACUGGAACCGGCGGUACAAAAACAAUGAGGCUGCUAAACGAUCGAGAGACGCCCGGCGGCUGAAGGAAAAUCAGAUUACUGUACGGGCUGCCUUUCUUGAAAAAGAAAAUGCGGUGCUUCGUCAAGAGGUAGCAAAAAUUCGUCAAGAACUCUCCCGCUAUCGAAAUAUCCUCUCCAAAUACGAAUCACAGCAUGGAGCCUUGUAAAUGUGUAGCUGUCCUGUGUGGUUGCACGAACUAACACUACUUCACAAGAAUCUUCCCCCACAAGCUCCUUUUUUGUCACCCUGACAAUGGCCCCUUUUCACUUACAAGUAGCACAAGUUUUAGAGGGCAUGAGGGACAUGCGAAAAGCAGGCCGCUGUACAUGUUUUUUUUUUUUCUUGCCCUGCUUUCUUCCUCCAUAUUCAGCAUUCCAUCAGGACCUCCUUUUCCACAAGGACAAGGGUGCUGUCGUGACUAAUAGACAAUAUUGGGUAUCACCUGGCAGUGGAGACUUUCGGUGAAUGAAAUAGAAAAGGAAACCAAGAGCUGAUCUUGACAUAUGUACACAUACACUAUCCAAUACACCAGCUAGCAUGUGAAGGCUAAUAACUUGGUUUCAGAUAUUCCUUGAGCACAACUCUUCAGUAACAUUGCGUAUUUUUGUUUUGCUCUUUUAAAAUCCUUAGGUAAAGAAGACAGAGGGGCACAUAAAAAUAAUAUGAGCCUAGGAAAAAAAAAAUAUUAUUAUAAAGAAACAUUUUAAAAGUUGACAAUGUUCAACAAAAAGCUAGAAAACUAAAUGAAAUUAGCAAGUGGUAAAUCAUUACAUAUAAGCCUUAAAAGAAAAAAUGUGGAAUUUGCAAGUAAAGCAAUCACAAACUGUUAGCUAACAGUGCCCCUACAUGGAAGACAAUCCAAUGUUAUAUAGCUGAAAGGCAUAUUUCUUUUCUGUUUUUUAGAAAUGUUCAUGUUAUUGUGUCUGCCAUGCUACAUGCCACCAUGUUGACCAACUGAUAUCUGAUUUGUAUUAUAAGAAGUACACAUUGGAAAAGAAACAACAAAUAGGCAAUAUUCAAUACAGUGUCGUACCACUUGUUAAUUCCUUUUUGAGUAACUACAGUCAUUAUAUCACUUCAUUUCAUAGGCAUUAAACAACUUGUGGGUUGGGAGUGAAUUUUAAAUGGGUACAUCAUUUGUUCACCUAGAUAGUGGGUGAAGGAAGUGAAUGAAUGGACAAGCUAACGUAAUCCAAUGUAUUUCUGUAAGUUUGUUUAACUUCCAUAUGGAGGAUUCAAACAGUUACACCACUGUCCUAUGCUACCAUUACUAGCAGGUUAAUGGGAUAAGGCAUCUCCUCAAGUUACAUUUAAGAUAUCAUGAAAUUAUGGACAAGUAUCUAAUGUGGUAUGAUAACUAUAAAUAUAAACAAUACGAUCAGGGAAACUAGGAUGCUAGCCAUUGACAUCAAUCAGAGCCCAAUGAUUUUUCCUGUGUUUUGAUUAUGGGGGGAAAAGGCUUGCUAAUCUGCAUAUUGUAGAUUUAAGCAAACUUAAGUGAAACUUUAGUUUAUUUUCUAUGUUCUUUGUUGAACUCACUGAUACACAAGCCUGACCCGUUAGGCAGCAGUCUAGGCAUGAUAACCACUACUUACCAAUGUGGCGGUCAUAGUCCCAUUCAGCUGUGGACGUUGUCCCAUGGUUCUCGAUCAUACAUUUUUUGAGCAGUUUGACCAUAACAGGGGUUCUGAGUGGCACCUGGGCCCCCUCUCGGUUAUUGUCACACAUUAGCAAUAUCAGUUUAAUGCUGAUUUUAAAGUCAAUCAUUAUUUGAUAGUGUAUAAGGCUUGGCAAAACUGUUUGUCCAGGGGACAGUGCCUACAGGCUUGUUGCACCAUAACCACUCAAUCAGUAUAUAGUUGUUGUGGUGGCUAUACUCUUUCACUUUUUAUAUUUUUACUAAAAUAUUUGUAUAAUAAAAUAAUUGUGCAGCAAAAUAAUUAUCAAAAUAAUUGUGAAUCAGCUGCUGCUAUGUAAAAGGUGCAAACGAAAGAUCCUUUUGGGACAUCUUUGGGCGUAAGUGGAAUUCAAUAUGUUUUUUAAAAUUAUUAGAAUCUAUCUAAAGUUCUAUGUGCACAGAAGGUUACUGUGUGGCAAAGAUGGUGCAAUCACUACAGAAAUAAGGACUAUUCUAAAGAAUUGCUCCACUUUUAUGAUUCUGCCCUGGAAUUACAUGUUUUUUUUCUUAACAUAACUAAACACACGUUAAAAAAAUUACAUUUUGUUGUGACACUGUUUGCUACUAUUGUGUCAUUGCUAGAAAGUAAGCAUUUACCUCCAAAGAAUAGAAAAGCCACAUAUCACACAGCAUCUACUUCUAAUUUAAGGUUUUAACUGACUAGAAGCAGUGAGUACCACAGCAAAUUUCUAUAUGUUUUCAUUUCAAGGUGUUCUAUGUGGUGUGUGGUGUUUUUUUAUCUUUUACUAUUAGCAUUCCAAAAUGAAAUAUAAAUAGGUGCUCCAGCACCAGCUGUUUUGUUCAUAGCACCCGUUUGUGUGACAGGCAAGUAACCUCCAAUAAUGCAUAGGCUCUUCGAAUAUGCUUCUAGUCACCCACUGCCAUUGACACUGUGGCAUUUUAAAAGGAAGAUUGCAACAUACACAUGUAAAAAGGAAUGUUGGAGAAUUCACACAACACUGCUUUUUUUUUAAAGGGUUACUCCAAACACUAUGACCACUUCAGUGAUUUGAAAUGGUAAUUGUGCCUGAAAUCUGUAUGUGUAAUGUUUCAUAUAUCGAAACAAUGCACAAAGUUUUACCGAACUGCUACCUGAGGUGUAACUGUACCUCUUGAUGUUUCAUUGGGGCAUCAUUAGCCAGCCUGGAACAAGAACUUCUGGAUAGCUAAAGUAAAUUAUGUUUAUAUUUUUAUGUCGGUAUAAAUAGGGUGUCAUUAACCAGCCUGGAACAAGAGUUCUGCAGUGGCUAAUGUCAAUUCUGUGUAUAUUACUAUGUACAGAGUUGCAUUCAAUGGCUGGAAGCAGUCAACCAGAGUUGAAACAAGCCUUCGUGCCCGGUGGGACCCAAGUUUGCCCCAUUGCUGUGUAAUGGAGCCAGGCCAUCCCUCUCAUCAUAAUCACUAUAGCAGGCUGUAUUGGUUGUAUUUGGAGUAACUCUUUAAAUAUACUAUGAGCAGUAGGUUACCUGUCUUAACACAUGGAUAAUUCAUAGCUGUAUCAGAAUAUGGCAAAAGAGAUCAAAUAGAUUUUGCUAGCACUUUUUAAUGAUCCUUCUUUUUAUUCUAGAAGAUAACUCAGUAGUCAACCUUACACAAUCUAUGCUUGAUCAUCUUUGUACAGCUCUUAUACAGCAAGUGGUCUGUAGAGAAAGCUUGGAGUUGUGAAUGCCUAAUCCUGGGCAAAAUAUGCUGCAUACCUUCUUGAAAUGAGGAAGCAGAUAAACCGACCCUAUGUGUGUGCCUGAGUGGCUGGGUUUAAUGGUCGGUAAUUUGACAUUUGUGAUUUGCACUAGUUCUUAAUUGAUGCAGAGUAAUAACGUGGAAUUCUCUGUUCUUAACCUUUCAAAUGAAACUUUACAGAGUUGUUACCUUUUGUCUUUUUUGUAAUGUUCCUCUCUUUUAUAGCUGUGUUGGAAGUCUAAGAAAUGUUUAAACUUUCUUAUUGCCAGUGCAGAUUUACACUUUUUGCAUGCAUUUUUGCAGUGCACUGGACAUCCCUGUAAAAAAAAAAAAAAAAAAAAGCACACUUUGCAAUGUGAACAUUGGUCACUAGGUGUCACUAGUUCAUAAAAAGUAAUGUUUAAUCAGCCUCUAUAUCAAAAACCUUAACAGGGAUUUGCUGGUACAUUUACUCUUAUAUAUAGUUAUUUGGGGCAGCAGAGAAUAAUACCACUUUGAAAUAUGGACACUUUUAACAUGUUACUUUUACCUUAGGGGAAAAAAAAAUCAAGAUUUUUAUGGUACAAAGGUUCAUAGAUUAUGUAUAAGGUCUACAUAUUCAUGUUGUACCCACGGUUUUUAAAUUGUGUAACCCAAUGCAUGCUAUAGUGCAAGUAAGGUUUAUUGUCAAUGGCUACAACAGAGCAGAAUACAAACUUUUGAUAGGACAAUCAAUUCCAGUGUGAGCUUUAAAAAAAAAAAUGAAAAAGACUAUUUUUUUAUUGUGUGACUUUCCCAAUCCACAUCAACCAUACGUUUGCUUUACAGUUAUUAUAAUAACUUUCAAGGAUAAUGUAUACCUCUUUCCAUUGAUGCAGUAGAAUACAUUGCAAAGGAAAAGAUACUGCACAGAUAUGUAUGGACAUACGCACUUAAAAAGUGCAUUCCCUAAAGUGUGAGAAUUAAAAAUGUCAGCGUUAUGGCUACAAUAGCUAAGAUGGAAAAUUCUCAAAGUCAGCUGUGUUUCCAGUGUAACUAAUUUUUUGUCCUAACAUUUAAACUCCACUUUGAAUUAUUGUUGAAUUACCCUGAAAACUCUUAAUCCAAAAUACUUGCUGCCAUAAUCGUUCAGAAGAAAACACAUUGGUGGCAGUGAGUGAUAAUAUUUAAUGGACCAAUGAAGUGUAUAUGUUCUAGUACAAUCUUGUCACUUAAAGCAAAGAGUAUGCAUUUUUGAGAUACAAUUAAAGAGUUAACCAUUGUAACAUUACAUUAACAAAGUGGCUUAAGUAGAACAUUUGACAAUUCCAUAAUUUCUUCAAGGAACAUUUAUAUUGAAAAUGUAUGGCACUUUAAUGCACUGAUAUGUAUGAUUUAUGUAUGCCUCUGAAUCUUGCUACCUAUGUCGCAUUAUAUCAGUGUUUUUUUUUUAUCUCCUAUCCAUUCAUUCAGAGUUACAGUUUAACUUUUUUAGUGUCAGAAAAACAUAUAUCAAGGUUAAGCAUUAUAAUAUAUUUUUGUCAAAAUGGUCUAAAAGUGACGAUGUUAAAAGCAUAUUUAUGGUAAUGGUUUCAUAUAAAGUCAGAGUCUGCUUACUGGGUAUGUUUUUUUUUGUUUUUUUUAGAUACCCUUUUCAGACGUGCAUCUAAAUGCUUUUAUUUUCUAUAGUAUAAUAAAAAAAAAACACUUAAUAUUUAUAACCGAACCUGCAAGUUUGGAACUCUGAGUAUCAGAGAGGAUUGCAGUACCUUGCUCACUCCACUGGUGCUCACAAGGUCACUGCUUAGCUCAUCAGAAUAUACCCAUUUGGUUUAAAACAUUUUUUUUCCUUACAAAAGCUGCCAAAAUAUAGUUAUAUUUAGCACAAGAAAAUAUAUUUAGAGAAGAGAACAAUAUAUAAUAUAGAUGUAUAGAUAUAUUUAUUUUAUCAUCCAAAAAAUAUAUUUGUUAGCAAUAAAGGUCACAGAUAAAGUGGGGAUCUUAUUGGAGAUAAAUAUGUAUAUUUUGUAAUGCCCUCUGUUUAAUGUGUGUGUGUGUGUUUUAUGCUCAUAGUCUAUAUUGAUGUAACUGCUGAAGCAUUAUCAUGGUGUACUCUACAAAUGAAACACCAUAAGCCAUUUGCUGCAGCUCUACAAGGUUUAAUGUAGUAUCUGUCUUGACUUCUGCUGUUUCCUGUCAGUCUAAAUGGUUUUAUGCCUUAUUCACUAAUGGAGGAGUUGUGGUGAGCUAACAUCAAAGUUGCGAAAUUUAGGGUAUUUGCAUCCAUGUUGGCUCUUUUCACCUAAAUUUUGCAGCUAUGUUGCCAAAACACUGCUUAGUGAAUAACCCUUUUUGUAACACACACUUUCCGUUGUGCGCUAAACUUUUUUUGGUGAAUUACUUCAAGGUAGCAGAUGUCACUAUUUGCAGUUUGCACAGGCACACGUGUAUUACUUUUCCCUCCUGCUCUGGGUAUUCUAUGUGGAUUUUGCUUGGUACUUAAAAUGUAUGAGUGAUCCAUGACUGCUCAACUGCCUCUAUCCUAAAACAUUUUGUGUAUGACACCUCUUUUAGGACUGCACAAGUUCACAUUCAGAAUAAAGAUAUCAAAACACCUUUUCUGUGUUGAAAUUUUGAGAUAUAUUUUGGUUGUUGCAGCCCUUAUAUAGAAAGUCUUACGUUGAUUUAAAAUGUUUUAUAAUUUAACUUCCUUUCAAAGACUUUGGCAUGUGCGACUCUAUAGUUUUUGUUUAGGAAUAUAUUCUUUGAUCAACAUUUUGUAAAAAUAUAUUAAACUAUGGUGAUGGUCCCAUCCAGUGAAA